AUGGCUGCCAGUAAUGGUCUACUGGGUGUCAGCUUUUAUUGGCACGGCACAAAGCAAGUGCCAGACGCCCCGCCACACGCCGGGCCUGUGGAUAAAAGCAAGCAAAAUGCCUCAGUCGAGGACAGUGUAGUCAUGUUGGGCUGGAACGAGGAAGUGCAGUGGAGAGGGGAGGGACUGAGGGCGCAGCUCCAUGGGGCCGCAGCGCUGCGACCUUCUACACAUGGAACCGGGGACAGUUGGAAGAACUUCAUACUGCAAACUCAAGGAAUAGCAGAGUACUUGCACCGCAUGGAGACGGAGGAGGCCCAGGAAAUUGCCCCGAUGCCAGAAGGCCGAGACAGCCCCCCUGCCAACGAAGCGGCCGAGGACGCAGAGGAGCCCAUGGCUGUCCCGGAGGACCUGUCAGCAAGUUCUGCCCACCAGCAGCACAACAGAGGGGACAAAGCCUGCAACAUUAAAGUUGAGGCUCGCAGUGAUGAGGAGAAUGGGCUGUCCUGUGACAUGAAUGGCACGGAGGAGGAGGAGUGCGCGGAAGACUUGCGCAUGAUCGAUGCCUCGGGGGCCAAGGUGAACGGCUCACAGCCGAGUCCCGAAGCCAAGGUCUUCUCCUCGGCUGGCGGCAUCCGGCUAUCCAACGGGAAGCUCAAGUGCGAUAUCUGUGGGAUAAUUUGUAUUGGCCCCAAUGUGUUGAUGGUGCACAAGCGAAGCCACACUGGAGAACGUCCUUUCCAGUGCAGCCAGUGCGGUGCUUCUUUCACCCAGAAGGGCAACCUGCUGCGUCACAUCAAGCUCCACUCUGGAGAGAAACCCUUCAAGUGUCACCUUUGCAGCUACGCCUGUCGCAGGAGGGAUGCUCUCACCGGACACCUGCGGACACAUUCUGUUGGAAAACCCCACAAGUGUGCUUACUGUGGACGGAGUUACAAGCAGCGCAGCUCUUUGGAGGAGCACAAGGAGCGCUGUCACAACUACCUUCAGUGCAUGGGCUUGCAGAACAGCAUCUACACAGUAGUAAAGGAAGAAAGCAGCCAGAAUGAACAGAGGGAAGACUUAAACCAGAUGGGAUCUGACAGAGCCUUGGUGCUAGACAGGCUAGCUAAUAAUGUAGCUAAGCGUAAGAGCACUAUGCCACAGAAGUUUGUGGGUGAAAAGCGCCUGUCAGACCUUUCCUACGAUGGAGCACCUGGUGAGCUGAUUCAGCCUCACGUCAUCGACCAGGCCAUCAACAGUGCCAUCAGCUACUUGGGGGCAGAGUCGCUACGGCCCUUGGUCCAGCCCUCCCCAGCGUCGUCUUCUGACGUGGGCAUGGGUUCCGUCUACCCCCUGCACAAAGUGGUCCCGGAUCCCCAAUCGGGAAUGGGCCACAGCCUGUCAGCCAAGGACAGUGCGGCUGAAAACCUGCUUCUGCUCUCCAAGUCCAAGUCUGCCUCCAGCGAGAAGGAUGGCUCUCCGAGCCACAGCGGCCAAGACUCCACUGACACGGAGAGCAACAGUGGCGAUCGGGCAGGCGGGGCGGCCUCCGGCCUCAUCUAUCUGACCAACCACAUCACCUCGGGGGUGCGGAAUGGCACGCUGCCCCACGUGAAGGAGGAGCAGCAGCGACAGUAUGAGGCCAUCCGGGCAAGCAUGGAGAUGGCGUCGGAGGGCUUCAAGGUGAUGACGGCAGACGGUGAGCAGGUGCGGGCGUACAGGUGUGAACAUUGUCGCGUCCUCUUCCUGGACCACGUCAUGUACACCAUACACAUGGGCUGCCACGGCUUCAGAGACCCCUUUGAAUGCAAUCUCUGUGGCCAUCGCAGUCAAGACCGAUAUGAGUUCUCUUCGCACAUAACACGAGGGGAGCAUCGCUACUGAACCCUGAUGCUCACAACAGACACGUGCGCGCAUAGGAAAUCCAUCGUGUAUAAUACACCGCUGACGUGUGAAAAUGUGAUUUUUAUACACUGAGCAUGUUUGUUGAAAACAAAAAAGUUUAAAAGCCCUCCGAAUCUCAUUUCAAAUAUUAAACUUGGAGAAAAAAAAAAGCAAGCAAAUUAAAUGGUGUUCAGUCAAGACAAAGUGGCAGAAUGUGGUGCCGAAACAGCAUCCACCUCCUACAGUAUGUAAAUGGUCUUCUGUUGCAUUAUGUGUUUGUAUGGAACACUUUUUCCCUAUCACAAGCAGCAACUUUAUUUUCUUGUUUUUGACUCAAGAAAAAAGACAAAAAAACAUCUUUGUAUUUAAAAGCCUGUUCACUUAUGGAGAUGCAAGCUACCGUAAUGAUCUGUACAAAAUACAAAUCAAUCAAAAAUGUCAAUGUAGAUAAUAACUCUUCAUCGAGUUCAUUUUACAACCUGUAUUCUUAUACCAACUCACAUAUUAUUUAUGACAUUUAACUUGCCCAUUUUGUUUUGUUUACUUUGUAUUUAUUACAGUGAUCGGUGUUUGUCAAUAGAAUAGUGGCCACUCCACCUGUUCAACUGUAUUCAAUGUGUUUAUGGUGAAAACAAUUACUGCUGCUGUAAGGCAAAGAUGGGAAAAAUAUACUGGAAAAUGUAUUUCAUUUCUUUCAAAUUAGAAUAGUUUUGCUCUCAAGAUCACACACAGCCUUUUGUGACUUAGUGGGAGUUUCUUGCUUACAAAAUAUCAAUAAAGGAUAUUUUCUAUAAGCGACAAAA